AUGCCGGCGGAGGGGACGAGGAUGGCGGGGCUAUGGGAGCGGGAGGUCGGCCGCCUGCAGCCCAAGCGCUUCGCCAACGCCUUCAUGGCUUCCAGGGACUUUGUGCAGUCCCUCGGCAUUCAGAAGAGGCUGCGGGAGCACCGGGGCUGCGUGAACACCGUGAGCUUCAACAGCAGCGGGAGCCUGCUCCUGUCCGGGUCGGACGACAUGACGCUGGUGCUGUGGAACUGGGAGGCGGGGACGCCGGCCACGAGCUUCCACACCGGCCACGAGAACAACGUGCUCCACGCGCAGUUCAUGCCCUUCUCGGGUGACCGGAGCAUCGUCACGGCCGGUGCCGACGGGGAGGUGAGGCAUUUGCAAAUGCGAGAAGGCGGUCCUGUGGUUGUGGACAGGUUCGUCGAGCUGGAGUAUCCGGUCCACAGGCUGGCUGUUGAGCCGGGGAGCCCGCACACGUUCUAUAGCUGCGGGGGAGAUGGCUCUGUGUGGCAUUUCGACCUAAGGGGGAAAGAGGCCACCAAGCUCUUCAGCUGCCCGUCUAUCAACGACAAGACAACCAAGAUCAUCGAGCUCUACGCUGUUGCCAUGGACCCGAGAAACCCGUGUUAUUUCGCAGUCUCUGGGUCCGACGAGUACGUUAGGCUAUAUGACCGCCGUAAGAAUUUUGUGAAUGGGGAUUCCAUUUUCGGUACCCCAGUCGAGCACUUCUGCCCUCCGCAUUUGAUUGGUCAAAACAAAGACGGGAUAACCGGCUUGGCUUUCUCACAGGCCGGCGAGAUGCUAGCAUCCUAUAGUUAUGACAACAUCUACCUCUUCGAGAGAGAGCAUGGGUUGCACUUCAACAAUUUUAAGGUUGGCAAGAAACUCCUGAUGGAUGAAACCAUGGGCGCCACAUUACCUCAGACUUUCAAGGGACACCAGAACAUGCAAACUGUCAAGGGUGUUAGCUUCCUUGGUCCCAAUUACGACUUUGUUGCCUCCGGAUCAGAUUGUGGCUAUGUAUUUAUUUGGAGGAAGAAGGGCGGGGAGCUUAUACGUGUGAUGAAAGGAGAUAAACGGAUUGUGAACUGUGUUGAGCAGCACCCUUCCGAGAGCAUUUUUGCAAGCAGUGGCAUCGAUACAAGCAUCAAGAUCUGGGGAGCUGGUGGAAGUGAGGACCCCUCCGUUGCAAGCUUUGACGAGGUUGACGACCCAGACCCGUACCUCUUCAGCAUGAGCAGCGACUCCGACAGCUCUGUUUACAUGGACGACUACAUCUUCGCCCCGGUCUCCGGGUCCUCCGACGGCGAGGACGAAGACGACGAUUCCUCCGGCGAGGACACCACCAGCAGCGAUGAAGAGGAUACGGAGGAAAUGGCAGAGGGAGACGAAAGCGAGGAAGAGGAUACGGAAGAAAUGGCAGAUGGAGAUGAAGGCGAGGAAGACGACAAGGGCGGCGACGGCGACAUGGAUGAUGAAUGACGGGAGAGCCGGUGGUAUCGUCGCAUUUUUUCCCCUGUGAGCUGAUCAAUGAUCAGAUGUAGGAUUCUGACUUCAAAGAAGGGUGUGCCCUUGGGUAGGUAGGGUGUAUACGAGGUUACUGUUAGUGUUUAUUUUUUCACUCUGCAAUAGGUUUUUCUUUGUACAUAUACUCUCGAAGAUAGUUGAGCAAUUUGAUGUAAAUCUUUCCUGCCAGUGAUUUUGCCUGGUAACGAUAACAGCAUAUG